AUGUACACGCAUAAUGCCCCUACCCUACAAGCUCUGUAUUCAUCUGCCCUGCGGAUAAGUUAUAUCAUGCAAUUGACAGAACAAAACCCUAUUUUAGGUAGCUAUUGUCACAUUUCAGGCAGUCUGCUUACGUUCGUGGAUGAUAUAGAGAUUCACCAAGGGAGAAACUCGCUUAAGGAAUAUCGGUUCGGUUCGCAUACUAUACAGAUCUUUUUUUGCGGAAGUUGUGGUGCCAAUGUUUACAACAAGUCCGUGAAUCCGAAGUUUAGAUACGGUCAAUGUGCUAUUAAUAUGCGCCUAGUACACGAUAUUGACCUGGAAGCCAUAGAAAUCAGCAAGGGCGAUGGUAAGAAUAUUAAUCUGCCACCUUUAGAAGAGGGCCUACUUUAG